UUGUCAUUUCAGCUAAGGAGCCAUCUAAAGUUUCAUUUCAUUUUGUUGAAUGUCCAUUGUUAUCAAUGGCAUCUAUGAUUAAGGUUAUAGAUCACUUUGCAGUGUCAUGUAAUGCAGAAAAAUUUGAAUGUGGUGAAUAUAAAUGGAAGCUAUGUAGACCAUUUCUUUAUCUUUUGGGGGACACAGGAGGAUUGCCUUGUGCAUUACAGUAUCUUUUAGAAAUAUGUUUUAAAGAACUCAAUAACAACAU